CUCCCCUCCCACCUCUCUCUCUAUCUGUAAUCACUCUGUGUGCUCUCCUCGUCCCCUCUACUCACAUGGAGACUCUCCGUGCAGCUCUCACGCUCGGUGAGCUUGAAGCUCCACUGAAGCAGAAACAGCAGCCCACAAUCUCAGAGGUGGAGUCCGAGUCCAAUUAUGCGGACCUUGGGGAAACCAACACGGCACUGUCCGCUGGCUCGCGGACGAAUGGCACCAAAACUGUGAAGGUCAUGUUCACAGGGGAGGGGAACCAGCUGGCCGUGUUCCGAUGGAGGGAUACUGGAGAUGCAAAAGACUCUUCCUCUCCGGUCAAAACCGAGAGUUCAGUGGGCGAAGAAGAGCAGGAGGAGCUGAGCUACACGGAAAUGCGCCUAGGCAGUCGCUGUCAACCGGAGGACGAGAAUGCUACACCAACAGCAGAUGCAGAAUCGCACUACAUUACGACUCAUGAGAUCCAGCUGACGGAGCUUGACCAUGAUGCCGACUGUGACUUUGGUCACGGAUCACGCUGGGAUUAUGACGACGACAACCUUGUGUACUCAUUUGUGGAUUACGCAUCGUUUGAGAGUGUUAAUGAGGAUGGAAUAAGGGCCAAAAGCAGCCAACGGAUGGAUGGACAAAGUUCCCGGCCACCCAAACUGGCAGCCACAGGAGCACCGGUUAGCACCGAAAGUGAGCCAUGCGAAUCGGACAAAGGCACGAGCUCAGAUGAGAGUCCCUGCAAAAUGCGAGAUGACAGGCUUUGUUCCACUGGACAGGUUCACAUGGCUGUUAAAGCUUGCCCACCUGUUAGUGCUCAAGAAGAAGAUGCCCACUACCAAACAGUAAGAAACACUGGAGUUUUCGUAAACUCUAUCAGCAAGGAUGAGGCACUUCGGGAGCAUGGCCGUUGUUUCAUCCCAGCCCCAGGUCGCCAGCACCUUGCCAGUAAGUUGAGGGGUAAGGACGUGAACGAGUAUUCGAGUGGUGCAUCUAGUUCCGUUAGUGAGCUGGAUGAUGCGGACAAAGAAGUACGCAACCUAACAGCCAAGUCAUUCCGUAGUCUGGCAUGUCCCUACUUUGAUGCCAUCAACCUGAGGACAUCCAGUGAGUCCUCGGUCUCCGAGCAUGGGCUGAACAGAUGGUCCACCUUUGUUGACUGGAAUUAUGGUGGCAUAGGCCGUGAACGUGGCACACUAGAGGCUACCAAGCUUGCGGAGAACAAAAACAGUAAUGUAGUCACUGCCAUGUCUCAGAAUUUAUCUUCUGAGUCAGCUAGUAAAAUAGAACUGCGGAGCAACUUUCGCUCUGAGGCCAAGGAUGUCACCUCAACUGAGAUGAUGAAUGUCAGUUGCAACAUGGAAGCAGGUUUGAUCACAAAAAGCUCACACAGUCCUAUGGGGUCAUGUGCCACAGCCAAUGUUGCCAUCUCCAAGCCAGCCAGGUCAGAAAAUGAGGCAGCAAGCCAGCCAUCUGAGGUGGAUGAUGGUACAGAGAACACAAUCAAGAAAGCAAUUUUUGCCUCAAGUCUCUUGAAAAAUGUGAUCUCCAAGAAAAUGCAGUUUGAACAAGAGUGUAUGGAGAAGGUGCAAAUGCAGCAUGCCUCGCCAUGCCCUCUGGAUCAGGAACUGGACUCUCACAGGAACAGCACAGGCACGAACGACUUACAAAGGCAGACGUCGGAAGCAGGGUCUAGGCUGUCUGUUGUCUCCCUGGAGGAGCUUGGAGACAUAAUGGACAGUGUUUCCCACCUUUCUGAAGAGGAGGCACAGGAUAGUUCACAUGCUCCCACUGCAGAAGUCGAUGUCGAGUCACCCAACAAAGUAGCAGUCACAUCUAAGGCAGACCCUUCUGAAAGCAAAAAGGGCCAAUUGCCAUGCAGCCAAAAAAGUGCCUUCAAAACCUGGAAAGAUGGUGAGCAAGUGGUCUUCAAGACACACCCUGGAAAUGACAGUAAACCUGCGAAGAUGACCCCGUCCACAUCAGAGCAAGCGAUGGAAAAGAAGAGAGAAAAUGCUAAUGGUAAGACAACAAAGAUGUCCCACUUAUAUGUACCCAGCUCACAUCUCCUCUGCAAAGAGAGGGGUCCAGUAAAGUUUUCAGGAGAAGGAGUGCACAGAGAAACAAGUGGCACUUUAGACCGAAAUCAAGGUGGGAAGCCCCAGGAGAUCACAAUCCGCUUGUGCAGCACAAAAGAAAACAACAGCAACCGAUUUAGCAUCGCCAGCCUCCUGACUCCUAACAUUGGACGCAACCCCGUUAAGAGCCAUGUGCUUUCUGUGAGCGACAAAGCACCACACUUCAUGGUGAGGGAUGUCCGGGACAACAAAUGGAAGCUCCAUACCCCCAUCCACCAGGUGCGAGAUGUGCGCAAGCUGGUGAAAAGCUCCUACAGGUUUGUGUCUCUGGAGAACGUGGAGCAUAAAACAGUACCCUCUGCAUCACAUGAGGAAAGCCAGGUCAUGAAGAAAGAACCUGACAAAGCACAAUUCCCAAGUCCCAUGGUGAUCAAGUGUCAGUCUGUGAACACAAGUAGUGGCAUGCAACGAAGUGCAAAAGUGAGUGGUGAGACCUUACGGGAAACAGAGAUGGGGAGGGAGAUCUCACAAUGCACCAGAAAUGACAGCAUGCGUCGGGUGGCAUGCACGAAACAGCCUGACCCUAAAUUGGUUAAGCAGAAAGUGGAGUGCAGGCUCACAAACCAGGCAGCUCUUGAGAAGCUGAAGGCGGCUGUGAAAACGAUGGAACAGCUCUACGUCUUUGACAGGAAUGAGUGGAAGCGCAAAACAGAGGCACCCCAGGUGGUAACAGACAGUCAUGUACUCUCCCUCAUCGCCAGUGAGGAACACAGGCUGACAGGCAAAAUGGACCCUGAAGAUGAACAGAGGAAAUUCACGAACAUUGAGUCUCACACAGACAGGAUACGCAUGAAACCAGUUGUGCAAAUAGACGCACCUAAAACCUUCACCACUAAGCCCGAAUCAUAUGACAGCAGGUAUUUGUUGGGUCCAGGAAGUAGUCUAGGCAGUAAAACUGCUAUUAGCGCACAGCAGGACAGACAGUGUUCCACCAGGGGGAAGUCCAGUUCCACUAAAGGACCCUUGCGUCUGAAGAUUUCUCCAUCUAAAACUAAGCUAGAAGAAAAAGAGGUGAUCAGCACCACUGCUUCAGAGACUCUUGCUAAACCUCAGCACUCGCAUCCCGCACUCUCUGAUUCUGAAAACUAUCUGAGCAUCCCUGUUAAAUCUUGCCCCACUGACCACAACCUUGCUCCCCAACCCCGUCCCUCGCAAUCCCACCCACCCCUGCAGCGCUCCCCAGUCGUCACAGACUCUUGGUCUCCUGAGAGCCCGACAGCAACGAUGGUGUGUCACCACACAGCUCACCCACAACUACUAUGCAUUACACCCCCCAUGGAUGUCCCUGUCCCAAGCACUCAGCGCAAGCUGCUGCUGGACCCCACCACUGGUCAGUGUUACCUGGUAGACACCCCAAUCCCCCUGCAGCCAGCCACUCAGAGACUCUAUUUCCCUGAAAGUGGCCGAUAUCUGGACGUACCACUGUCUGUCACCCCUGGAUCCAUCUCACCCAUCCCCCUUAGCCCAGCCUAUGCCACCCCACCCUACUUCAUCUACCCACCAACCUUGCUACCGCUUCAUUCACAAGUCCAGUCAUCUGCAUGUUCAGAGGGUGACAGUGUGGGAUCUGCACCAGGCCUGUACCUCGCACCACCAGGAGUAGCAACAUCCAGCACUAAGCCAGUUAUUAGCAUCACAUCACAACAAGGGCCCCGAAUUAUCGCCCCUCCAUCAUUUGAUGGGACGACCAUGAGCUUUGUUGUGGAGCACAGAUAACUGAGGGUUUGGAGGAAUGUGUGUGUGUAUAUGUGUGUCUCCUGUUCUCACCCCUCCACCUUGGCUGAACAAGCUCCCACGGUUACAGGAAAUCAUCUGCGUCACUUCCUGAGCUCGGGCUUCCUGUGCGCACUGCGGUUUUCCGUAGCUCUGCGCAACGAGGGAUGGUUCAAAGGCUUUCACGGCAGCGUUCAGGUGUGGAGAACAGCCGAAAAAAGCGCUUCUUUUCUCUCUUUUUAACCAAAGCACUGUGUGGAAGCUCAUUUCUGCCAGGAAAGGAGAAGAAAAUCACUUUCCCUGAUAAUUAUAAUCACUCAAAAUGCUCUUUCACAUGGCUUACUGCCUUCCUCCAACUUUCCACUUACACAUAAUUUGACUUAGUACAUUUAAAAAAUAAAAAUUUCUGACUUAUUUUCUUAGGAUUAUGCCUUAUUCUCUUAAAAUAGGAACUUCCGUUCUCAGCAUUUUGACUUCUCUUGAAAUAUUCACUUAUUUUUGUGAGAUUUCAAAUAUUGGUCUAAAUAUUUCCUCAAAAAAAUUUUUUUCUUAAGUUUUGUUGACUUUUCCCAACAUUUUGACUUAUUAUAUCUAAACAGUCACUACUUUUCUCAAGAUUUUUGACUAAUUUCACAAUUCAUUUCUCAAAUUAUUUUCUUUUUCCUCAAAAUAAUGACCUAUUACUUCAAAACUGUGUCACAAACUAAACCUGAGGGCUUAUCUCCUGAAAUUUCAAAAAUAAAAAAUUCUCAAAUUGUUCACUUAUGUUCUCGAAGCAGUGAUACGUUUUCUCUGAAUUUUGACAUGUCUAAAAAAAUGAUAAUUAAUUUUCUCAAAUGUUUGACUUUUGUCAAAGUAAUUACAUAUUUUCUCUAGAUUUUUUGACGUAAUAUGUUGAAAUAACUAUAUUUUGUCUAAAUACUAUUAUAAUUUGUAUGUAUAUCAAUAUAUAUGGCUGGCGGAAACAGAGACGAGGAAAAAACCCACACUUUUUUGCCUCCUGGCGGAAAAUUGCUUAUGCUGUGGAGCCUGACUGAGUCGAGCAUUUUGACUGAGCAUUAUUUUUUGUUGUUGUUGAGAGAAAUUAUGCUUGACUUGUAUUGAUUCAGUCCUCUAGCUUGGUGCUACUGUGCUGAAAGGGUGUCUGCAGGUCAUGUGGACCUGUGUGUGGACCUCACGUAACGACUGUGAUGAAAACGUAAUACUUUUUAGGUGUUUAUAUGCGUGAGUGAAGGAACGACUGCUCUGCCUCUGUGAAGCUGAACAGGUCUUUACAACGUCGUGGCCUGUUAAUGGGCACUGUGGUAAAAAGUCAAACACUGAAUUUUAAAACUGGAACUUCUUUCUUUUUUUUUUUCUAGAUAUUCUGUGUAUUAAACGACUGCAAUCAUUUGAAACCCUUUCUGCUGUCAUUUCCUUUGUUAGUUCAGAUUAGCUCUGUUAGCCUAGCCUGUUUGCUUUAGCUUUGUUCUUUUGUUUUUUGGAUCCUUUUAUGUGAGCAUACAUUAAAGGUAUAUGGAGCUGCAGGCCAGUCUGUUUA